AUUCUCCCAGUCAUGCCUUACAGCUUCAAGCCAGAUAUUAGCGCAGAGAGCUUAAUGUAUUUAUUUUUGAUUUAUUAUCAACAGGUCGCAUGGACACGUCAAAAGCAGAUGGAUAUCCUGAAAACCAGUAAAGAUACCACACGGGGUAUCUUGAUACAACGGGAGGCUUCAUCCACAACGCUCCACCAGUCGCCCAGGGAGAGCCAGAGCAGCCUGUCUCAUAUGGAGCUCUAGUUGUGAAGCCGGAAGGGCAUGGCAGUGCUCCUGGGUCGGAGUUCCUGACAACACAGAGCUCACCCGCUUUUAUUAAUUGGUUGGUGCAACUGCGAUACCAAUGCAGUAAUGCGUGGUCAAACGCAGAUCGACUCUUUUAAACUAUAGUGGUCGAUGAUAGCUGGGCGCUAAUUCAUGCUGUUAUGAUGGCAAUGAAUCGCGAGGCUAUCAUCCCCUUUAUCAACCGCUGCUGUGGGAGGAAAGACCCUCUACAAGCAAAGCCAGUCCUACACCUUCUUCCACGGUGUCAUAGGAGACCUUGCUAGUGCCCAGCCGCAACAGGGUAAAAAUAAUAGUUACUUCAUAAGCGGAUUCAUGGACUACUUGGAACAUCAGCAUUUGGCAUAUUUACCACUGCUGAACAGAACGUUUGUAAGGAGACAGGUAAACGUUGACUCACUCCUCCUUACAAACAACGCUGUUGAAAAGUGGUUUGAUAUCACAAACGCGCUGUGGAACAAACGCAACAUAUUCUGAAAGAGGACUUCAGCGUGUCGUCGAUCAAUGACAUUUCUAGUAUUAAGUCCUAUAAGUUCCGGUCGGUACGAGGUUUCGCUCCUGUGAAACUGUAGGGGCCUCGAUGAACCCUCCCAUAUCUGGUGAACAAGCAAGGAAAAUUUUCAAAAGUCUGCGGGAGAAGUUUUCUAAGGAGAGAAACAAAGAGAAGAAGUUCCAACAAGGGUGCAGUGGCCAGGCAUUCACACCUGUGGAAAAGUCAACAUGGGUAUUCUAUGAGGCUCUAACUUUUCUUAUUCCUCAUAUUAAGCCUCGUAGGACUGCUACAAAUUACACUUCCUUAAAAAAAGAAAAAAAAAAGGCACCGCAGGCAGCUGCUGGUGGAACGCCAGUCGUCGACUGGGCGUACUCUUCCAAAUUUUCAUCCUUAUUCGGAGAGAGCAGCGCGCCAUGCAGCAGUGUAGCAGCUUCGUCCAGAAAGCAAGUUGCUGAAAAGGUUUUCCGGUGAUACAGUCAGAUUUUAAUGGCACUUUAAAGUGUAGUCGUUUGCAUCCCUAGAUAAGGUUUGGCACUGGUUUUAGCUGCCCGUAGGGUGUUUGAAGGUCAUUUUUCGCGAAUCUGAUUUUUAAAAAAAUGUAUUGCUUUAUCGCCAUAUUUGCAUGCAUAUAUCUCCGGAACUGUUAGUGCUACAGCGCCCAGAUUUUGCAGGACGUUUUCUGCCAGUGAGCACUUUCCAUGAAAAAUAUUUGAACAAAAUCAGUGGGGGUCACCAAAAGGGGUCCAGGGUCGUAACCUCCUCUCGGGACCAGUUUUUGCGACCAUAUUCUAUUUUAUUUAAAUUUCCUUCCAGUAAAGAACGUACCGAGUUAUGAUUUCCCUCAAAAUCUGGGUGCUGUAGCCCGAACGGUUCUUGAGAUAUGUGCAUGUAAAGUUGAUAAUCAGGCUAUAAAUUUGAUGAAUUUUCAAUUAAAUUCGCGUACAACGACCUUCACACUUCCUACGGGUAGCUAAAACCAGUGCCAAACCUUAUCCUGGGGGUUUAAACAACAACACUUUAAGGCGCCAUUGAAAUUGACUGUAUCACCGGAAAACCUUCCCUUGUUAAUGAAGGUCUUGUUCGCCGGUGGACCCAGAGACGCAGACGCAGUUAAGGACACACUUGGCAUCCACGCUACUGAUUUCGAUAUCGACAAGCUGUCGACUCAGCUUAAGUUAUUCGACAUCAUGUUCCAAAAGUCGAAGACCUUGCGGCAAUGCCGAAGAUCUGAAGUCAGCGCCCCCUAUGGUCCGAGAAAGCCUCCUUGAUCAGGUGACGCGGCUGGUGAUUUCACUCUUGACGGUGCCAGCUACUUCUACUUCCUGUGAAAGGUCCUUUAGCGGCCUCAAGGGUCUUAAGACCUACAUGCGUUCAAGCAUGACGCAGAGCAGGUUAACGCACCUUAUUGUACUUCAUAUACACAAGGAAAGAGGAUAGAUCUCUAAAAUUGAACCUUGAUAAAAUCAUGCACGAAUUUGUAAGUAGGACUUCUGAAUGGCGACGGAUCUUUGGAAUUGU